CCUAUGUGACAAGCACCGCCGGGGAGCUCUGUGCAUUACACGCGCCGAGAGAGGUAAACGAUUUCUGUCCAGUUGCGUCAGUGGGUGAGAAUCGGUGAAGGACAGGCUGCAGUGGAGGGAAAGCCAUUCUAACGUGGAAGAGCAGCGACGAAGCAGCGAGGUAGACGUGUGCAUCAAAUUUCGCAAUGGACGUCUCUCGUACGCAUCACGUGUGACGGACAGUUGUAGGCAUUCGGCAAGCGGAGUACGUCAUAUCUAAAGUUACACAACGAAUUUAGAUAACGCGGAGUAAUCGCAAUGCCACACCAGCGAAAAGAGGCCAUGCUAGACAAAGGCGAUGCGAGCGCAAACGAUGACUAUUACGACCCGAGAAUUGACACACCCGAAUGUGACGAGGACUUAAUUCCAACUCCCCCUGACGGCGGAUGGGGAUGGGUUAUUGUCGCUUCUUCAUUUUUUCUCAUCUUCAUCGUGGAUGGCGUGUGUUUUUGCUUCGGUGUGUGGAUGGUUGAGUUCAUGGACUAUUUUAACGAAUCAGCUGCAAAGGCGUCACUGGUUGGAUCAUUAUUGUCUGGCUGCUACCUAUCGGCAGGUCCCCUUGUGAGCGCACUCGCGAACAGGUAUGGCUGUCGAUCCGUGACCAUAUUUGGAAGCAUUCUAGCCUCGCUUUCGUUUAUUCUAAGCACCUUCUCACCGAACAUAGAAAUGCUUAUUGUCACUUUCGGGGUUAUGGCAGGUAUAGGGUUUGGGUUCAUGUAUUUGCCUGCAAUCGUCAGCGUCGGCUACUAUUUCGAGACGAAGCGAGCACUAGCCACCGGUGUCGGUGUUAGCGGCUCCGGAAUAGGAACUUUUGUGAUGGCGCCACUCUCCAAAUAUCUGAUAACAGCAUACGACUGGAAAGGCGCGACGCUCAUAGUCGCCGCCAUUGUGUUACACGGCAUCAUAUGUGGCGCCCUCAUGCGGCCGCUGGAAGUAACUCCGCGCAAGAAGUCGCUGAUGCAGCGCAUGUGGGAGGAAAAGCAGAUCCGCGUGCGCGCGUUUACCGUGCACGAUGGCUAUGAAGAUCUGCGGGUACACCUGCCGCUGCUCGAGAAGGGCAUACCGAGAAUCGCUCCUUCGAGCGUCACGCCCGCAGACGCAGCCUUUCGCUCGCGUAACAAUUCCGCAGCCAGCCGUCGAGAUGCGGAGAGGCCCACCGGUAGCGACACGCAGCUGUCGCACGACGGCAGGGCGACACCAGUCGAGGCUCUCCAGGUGUUUCCGACAGCGGACGAUACGCUGAGCCGACCAUCCAGCAGGGAGCUGAGCAGUAGCAUGGGCGUGAUCCACGAGGGAGACGACGAGCAACCGCCGACGACGACCGCCACCGACAGCAACCUCCGGGACCGCGUGAAAAGCCUCGAUUCGGCGCGCCAGCAUCGCGUUCAGCCUGUGCUGAACCGUAGCUCGAGCCGAGACGCAAGAGCACAGCAGUACACGCGCCCGCUCUACCGGCAAGACAUCUUCUUCAGCGGCAGCGUCGUCAACCUGCCACAGUAUAAGCGACGACACGACAUGAGCGACUACCUCACCAGCAUCACGCACAUCCCCAAGAUGGCGCCCGUCGCGGCGCAGGAGCAGCAGAAAGUGGGCAUGUUCGAGCGGCUAGUGGGGCCGGAGAUGUACAGCGUGCUCGAGGAGAUGCUAGACAUGUCUUUGAUGAAGCACCCCGUCUUCUUGCUCAUCUGCAUCGCUAACAUCCUCGCCUUCAUCGGCUUCUUCGUGCCGUUCGUCUACACGGUUGCCUACGCAAUCGAGAUAGGAAUACCUGCGGAACGCGGGCCCAUACUGCUGUCGAUAAUAGGCAUAGCUAACACGGUGGCUCGCGUGCUCGUCGGUUGGUUGAGCGAUAGGCCGGGGAUAAACCCGUUACUCAUCAACAAUAUCUGUGUAAUUGUGAGCGGCAUCAUUACGAUGAUGGUGCCACUAUACGGAAGCUUCACGGCCAUGGCAAUCUACUGCUUCGCGUUUGGAGUCACCGUCGCGGGCUUCAUUUGUCUAACGUCCAUCGUCAUAGUGGAAGAACUAGGACUAGAAAAACUAACUAAUGCGUUUGGACUGCUGGGUUUAUUUCGCGGGAUCUCUGGAAUAUUUGGCCCUCCCCUUGCCGGCUUUGUGUAUGACGUCACGAAGGACUACAAUACGUCUUUUAUACUGGCCGGAGCAUCUCUGACUAUGGCUGGUCUUCUCAUGAGCUGUAUACCGUGUCUUUCACGCUGCAAGAAAUGCGUGCCGAGUAAAGACACGUCCAAUUGUCCGGAAAGAAACUGCUCGGCGUACGAGUAGCGAAUUAAACACAG